AUGGUCCAGGAAGAUGAUGAAAGUGACAUGAUGUUGAUGUGUGAACUCAUGGACGAGGAGGAUCCAGUUCUUCAAGUAUCGGCUAAAGAAAUUGUCGAGCUCCGUGAAGAAAAAGUUCGCUCCCAAGAUUAUGGUUCGGAAACUCGUGUCGAUGUUACAGAUGCGGGAGGUGAUUCCGAAACUUAUGUUGAUGCUACAGAUACAUAUAUCACUUUGUCUGACAAAGAUAAAACAGCGUACGUGACGCCUGAAGUCCACGAAGCACAAUAUGCUGGUGCUAGAUUGGAUGCAUCCCCACUAGAGCAUGUGAUGUACAAGAGAGGUGAAGGAAGGGAUCGUCUACUAGUUGGCAUCUACGUCGACGACAUGUUGCUAACUGGAGCAGAUGAAGAGGUGAUUGCAAAGUUCAACCUACAAAUGAAGGAGCUUUUCAAGAUGGAUGAUCUAGGGCUAUUGAGUUACUACCUCAGGAUCGAGGUACAUCAAAAGUUGGAAGGGAUCACACUAUGCCAGGAGGCAUAUGCAAGGAAGGUCGGCCCCCGCGGCAGGCUCCGACUCGAGGUGGUCGAUGGCUACGGCCAGGAGCCCGCUGCCACCGAGGCUGAGCUCAUCGGCAUCGGCGGAGAUGACAUGGUCAAGAUUUUUUUAAAAAAGUUCACGCAUUUAAUCCUCUCUAAUCUAAUCCCCGCAAAGGUCCGUGUCGGCGGCGAACCGGCCCAAAUCGUUUGGGCCUUGACAGCCCAGCAGACCGACCCAGAACCGCUCUGGCUAACUUUACUUGACCCCGGAGCCCUCUGGCCCUUCCUCCUCCCCUCCCCAUCGCCGACCGCCAUGGCCGCCGACCCUAGCUCCGACCUCGCCAACGGGGCCCCGGCCCCCGCCCCCGCCCCCGCCGCCGCGGGCGCCGACAAGAAGAAGUCGCGCGAGAGCGAGCGCCGCCGCCGCCGCCGGAAGCAGAAGAAGAGCAAGGCGCCCGCUUCCGACGCCGCCGCCACGGACGCCGACGCGGCCGCAGGUGCCGAGGAGGACAAGCCCGACUCCAAGCCCCCGGUGGAGAUCGAGGUGGAGUACGUGCCGGAGGAGCCCGACCUCGCCGACGGCCUGCUCGCCGACUUCAAGAGCAUCUUCGACAAGUUCACCUUCAAGGAGCCCGUCGCCGCCGAGGAUGGGGAGAAGAAGGACGAGGCCGCCGACGCCGCGAAGAAGGGGUCGGGGUCCGACUCGGACGACGACGAGCAGGAGACCCAGCAGAAGAAGAAGGAAGGGGGCAUCUCCAACAAGAAGAAAAAGCUGGAACAAAGGAUGAAGAUUGCGGAGCUGAAGCAGAUAUGCAACAGGCCCGACGUUGUCGAAGUUUGGGAUGCGACUGCGUCAGAUCCGAAGUUACUUGUCUAUCUGAAGUCUUACAGGAACACAGUACCUGUCCCAAGGCACUGGUCCCAAAAGAGGAAAUUCUUGCAGGGCAAGAGAGGUAUCGAAAAACAACCUUUCCAACUUCCUGACUUCAUUGCUGCAACUGGAAUAGAAAAAAUAAGACAGGCAUAUAUCGAGAAAGAGGAUAGCAAAAAGUUGAAGCAGAAGCAGCGGGAGCGUAUGCAGCCAAAAAUGGGCAAGAUGGAUAUAGAUUAUCAGGUUUUACACGACGCCUUCUUCAAAUAUCAAACAAAACCAAAAUUGACUAGUCAUGGUGACCUUUACUACGAAGGGAAAGAGUUUGAGGUCAAACUUAGGGAAAUGAAGCCAGGUAUGCUGUCCCGAGAACUUAAAGAAGCUCUUGGUAUGCCAGAAGGUGCACCGCCUCCAUGGCUUAUAAACAUGCAGAGAUAUGGUCCUCCGCCCUCUUAUCCUUCACUGAAGAUUCCUGGUCUGAAUGCCCCAAUUCCUCCUGGUGCUACUUUUGGUUACCGGCCCGGGGAAUGGGGAAAGCCUCCUGUGGAUGAGCAUGGACGCCCCCUCUACGGAGAUGUUUUUGGUAUCCUACAGCUGGAUGAACCUAAUUAUGAUGAGGAGCCUGUUGACCGCAGCAAGCAUUGGGGAGACUUGGAGGAGGAAGAGGAGGAGGAGGAGGAAGAUGAGGAGGAAGAGGAGGAGGAACUAAUGGAAGAUGAAGACAUGGAAGCUGGCAUGCAGUCUGUCGACACCAUGUCAAGCACUCCCACUGGCGUGGAAACACCUGACGUCAUUGAUCUUCGGAAGCAACAGAGGAAAGAGUCUGAAAGGCCAACAGAUAAGCAGUUAUACCAGGUUCUUGAGCAGAAGGAGGAGAAAAUCGCACCUGGAACCCUCUAUGGGUCAAGCCAUACAUAUGUGGUUGGGGCACAGGAUAAGGCUGGGGUUAAAAGGGUUGAUCUCCUCAAGAAUCAAAAGUCCGACAAAGUGGACGUCACCAUACAUCCCGAGGAGCUCGAAGUUAUGGACGAUGUUCUGGCAGCCAAGUAUGAAGAAGCUCGGGAGGAGGAGAAGCUACGGAACCAGAAGGAAGAUUUCAGCGACAUGGUGGCGGAGAAUGCGAGCAAGAGGAAGAGGAAGCAUGAGAAGGACGGGAAAUCUUCCAAAAAGAAGGACUUCAAGUUCUAGACGGCGCCGCUUUGUUACCGUUCCUCUUCCGCUUCCCAGGAGGAGGAUGUUUCCAUUUCUUCCUGUAGCCUGUACUCUACUCUAAAUCAAGCUGUGUAUGUAUACUUAGCCUGUGGCAAAUGUUGAAGUGCUGGAUGAGAAGGCCUGAUGAAAAAGGAAGUGAAGCUGUAAUCCAUGCAUGAGAACAAAUUGUGAUGUUAAAUGUGACUGCUAGCAUUAAUCCAUUGCUGUCAUGAAGAGUAA